CAACCAAGAUUGACAGCGUUCCGGUUUCCGGUUCAUUCUGCUGUGCGAAGUUGCUAGUCACAGGAGCCACAAUGGCGUUUGUAGUCUCCUUCAGAUAGGGCUGUGGAUGAUAUUAAAUCCACUAGCAUCGCCCUAAAUAUAGGCCUGGUUGAUUCCCAGAGCCAUUGAUAAUAAACUGGAACAUCUAUUGCACACGACAAUACUAUGAUUUCUAAUCAAUAUUGACUUUAUAGGGGAUAAAACUUACAUUAAAGGGAACAUGUAAACAGAACCAACCGGGUCAAGUUUUCAUUUUGUUCGAGAAACGAGCGUCUUUUAAUGAAGGCAUUUGCUUGUUUCUGAAUGCUAAGGUCGUAAUUCUGUGGAAUAAAAGCACCUUUACUUAACUUGGCACCGGACAAGGACACCUUUCACAAAGGGGACUUUUUCUUUUUUACGAGUCAGCUCGCUAGCCGCCGAGCAUUAGCUAGCGGUGCUAGCUAAAUUGAGCCGGAGACGACAACACAAUGCUCCGAUCAUUGGUUGGGAUCUUUUUCAUUCACUGACUAUUUCCAAACACACACCCUCCAGUACUGGAGAACCACCCUGGCGUUUCUCUGCGUCGGCGAGCGGUGCUGGCGACCUCAGCGGAAUGAAUCGGCUGUGAGGAGGACUGGACGGGAGCGGCCUGGUGUGUUGGUUUUGUUUAUUUUCUCGCUGUGUUCUGCUUAGUAACUUAAUAUUUUGGUCCGGGGUUUGGAGGACCUCUACUGUGCCCCUGUGAAUGAAUUGCCCGGACCACCGAGGCCCAGUCGAAGCCGAGGUACCGACGCCAGCGUGAGGGAUGCCUGGGUCGGACCGACACCAUGGGACCAAGAGGAAGUCGGACUCUAGCAGUGUGCUGCACCAGACCCAGGCCUCGACCCAUACCUCUGCGGGAGACAAGGCCGGCAAGGACGGCAAGGUGCAGUUAAAAUCUUCAAUGUCCUCUUGCAAACGCAAACGGCAUAAAUCAACCAAACAUAAUCGGGAAUUCUCGGCGGCACCGGGAACCGACGAUUACACCCUCGGCGACACGGCGCCACCUGGCGUGCACACGGUGAAGCCUCUGGUGGAGUACGACGAUAUCAGCUCCGACUCGGACACUUUUUCAGACCCGCCGUCCUCCAGGCCUUCUGAGGGGGGCGGGGACCGGCUGGAGCCCUCACCGGACUACGAGAGGGGCGACGUCGGGGUAGAAGCCGGCGGUGGCGAGAACAGCGGCCACAGACACUACCGGAAAAAGUCCAAGGACCCCAAUAAAGUUAGAGACUCUGGGAACGGAGAACGUGGGUACAAGAAAAAGAAUAGCAAAGACCGCGAGAAGGGGAUUUCUGUGAAGAGCAAGGAGAAGGCUGCGACCUCAGGCCCCUCAUCCAAACGCCAGGUUCAGCCGGAGAGUGACUCUAAACGCGGGGAGCUGAUGCUCUCCACACAGGUACAGCCUGCAGCCAGUGUAGGCAGCACCACGUCCUCCACAUCCUCAUCUCGCAGCAAGGAGAGCAGCCGCUCAGGGAAAACCCGCAAAGACAAACAACAACGCAGAGAGGGCCGAGGGGAGGGCAGCCGCAGCUCCUCCCAGAGGAACCGAGCAGACAGAGGCCAUCGCAAGUCCUCCAAGAGCCACAAGUCGAGCCCUAAGGGCAAGGCCGCGAUUAGGGGAAGCCCUCGCAGGAAGGGCACCAGCUCUGCUCUCUCGCCCAGUCCCAGGAGAGGGGCUGGCAGCGAGAGUCCACAGGCCAGUGGGUAUGGGCAGCAGCAGGAUGACAGCUACUCCAGAAGGAGGGUGGCCCAGCAGAGCCCCAGUCCUUACGGGGAUGUGUCCCGCCGCAGCAGGCAGAGAUCCGACAGCCCCUACGGCAGCAGACACAGGUCCUCCAGCUAUGAGAGGGACAGCAGCCCCUACUCAAGGAGACGCUCCAACAGCCCCUAUGGCGCCCGCAGGUCCUCCAGCACCAGCCCCAUGUCACGCCGCUCUGGCCGCUCCAGGAGUCGUUCCCCUCUGCACUACUCGUCUUCUCGUCGCUCCGCUUCUCGUUCCCGUAGCAAGAGGCAUACUUCCUCUGCUGCAAUGGGGGCCAGUUCCCACAGCAGCCGACCAACUAGCCGCUCCCCUCCCUCCUCCCGCCUGCCACUUAACUCCAGCCUGGGAGCAGAGCUGACCCGCAGGAAGAAGGAACGGCAGGCUGCUGAGGCGGCUGCCCGUGCGAGUGGUGGUGCUUCCACUCCUCCGCCGGCGCCGGCACGUAAAUCUGCGGGCUCCUCCUCCUUACGGCCCACUAAAGCCGCAGCGCCACAACCAGAAAGAGACUCGGCAGCGGCAGAACCUCUGCCCCCACCACCUGUGCCGUUACCCCAGGAUGCUCCCAGUGGUGAAGAUUCGGUUACUGCACCUCUACCUUCUUCUUCCACCUGUUCUCCUGCGCCUCCUCAGCCCUCUCCUCCUGUGCCACCGGCUCCAGCCACACAGGUUCCACCACUGCCACCUCAGGCAGAAACAAGUAUCCAGCCUCCUGCACCCUCAUCCACAUCCCAGGCCUUAUCGCCAGCUCCGCUUCCUCCACGCAGCCCUGUCCGUCAGAUGUCGCUCCACAAGACGUCAACUCUUCCUCUCCUGCCUUUACCACCUGCACUGCUGGGAAACGCUCAGGACAGUCCAAAGAAGUCCACCCCUCCUCAAAGGCCAUCCAGGAAGGAGCGGGAGGUCCGCAGCCGGCCAUCACUCAUCGACCUUCCUUUACCGCCCACCCUUCCUGGAGGUGACUCCUCACCCCCACAGUCCCCCAUCCACCAGGCACCACCGCUACCCCAGGCAGUCCUUAAGAAGAGACCAAAGAUUUGCUGCCCGCGAUAUGGGGAGCGCAAACAUACCCAGAGUGACUGGGGCAAACGCUGUGUAGAUAAAUUUGAUAUAAUUGGCAUCAUAGGAGAAGGCACCUACGGCCAAGUGUACAAGGCCAAGGACAAAGACACUGGUGAACUGGUGGCUUUGAAGAAGGUGCGUUUGGACAAUGAAAAGGAAGGUUUCCCCAUCACAGCCAUUAGAGAGAUCAAGAUCUUGCGGCAGCUCAAGCACCGCAGUGUUGUCAACAUGAAGGAGAUAGUCACUGACAAGCAGGAUGCACUGGACUUUAAAAAGGACAAAGGUGCGUUUUACCUGGUGUUUGAGUACAUGGACCACGACCUGAUGGGCCUGCUGGAGUCAGGCCUGGUCCAGUUCUCCCAUGAGCACGUCCGCAGCUUCAUGCGCCAGCUGAUGGAGGGUCUGGACUACUGCCACAAGAACAAUUUCCUGCACAGAGACAUCAAAUGCUCCAACAUAUUGCUCAACAACAGAGGUCAGAUCAAACUGGCAGACUUUGGUUUGGCUCGGCUUUACAGUUCAGAGGAAAGUCGGCCGUACACUAAUAAAGUAAUCACACUAUGGUAUCGCCCCCCUGAACUCCUGCUGGGAGAGGAGAGAUACUCUCCAGCCAUUGAUGUAUGGAGCUGUGGGUGUAUUCUGGGAGAGCUCUUUACCAAGAAGCCCAUCUUCCAGGCUAACCAGGAGCUUCUCCAGCUGGAGCUCAUCAGCCGUCUGUGCGGGAGCCCCUGUCCUGCAGCCUGGCCUGACGUCAUUAAACUUCCCCUCUUCAACACCAUGAAACCCAAGAAGCAGUACAGACGGCGGCUGCGGGAGGAGUUUGCCUUUUUACCUACCCCUGCCCUGGACUUGCUGGACCGAAUGCUGACCCUCGACCCUGCACGGCGCUGCACAGCGGAGCACGCUCUCAGCAGUGACUUUCUGAGUAACGUUGAGCCCAACAAGAUGCCACCGCCAGAUCUUCCUCACCAUCAGGACUGCCACGAGCUGUGGAGUAAGAAGCGACGACGUGCACGUCAGAGCGGGGUGCCCGAGGAUGUGCCUGUGCCCAAAGUGCCCCGCAAGGAUGCGACUGGGACCUCCAGUGGAGAGAACAGCCGGCCCCAAGCCAGCCCGGCUGGAGCCCCACCGCCUCCACCAGGAAAACCUCCCUCCACAGCCAACUUAGAGAGUGAGUUGUCAGGCCUUGGAGUUGCUGCAGAGCAGUUGAACCAGACAGAGCUGGCGGUGCUGCUUAACCUCCUCCAGGGGCAGACGGACCUCAGCCUGCCCCAGGUGGCUCAGCUUCUCAACCUCUCCAAACCAGAGACACUGAGCCAGUCGUUGUCCGCCCUCAGUGAAGCCUCUGACCACCAGGGGGCACCAGAGGACCAGGCCCAGUCGGCUGCCAGGUCCCAGCCCCCAGAGCCGCCUCCUGAACCCCAGGAACUCUCACCGGCAUCCGGAGACCCACCACUCAGCCAGGAAGACCAGGCCAACCUGCUGGCCCUCAUUUUGGGCCACAUCAUUAAGCCACAAACCGAGGAGCAAGGCGAAGAGAGCAAUGGCGUCCAAUCAGAGGAGGGCCUAAUGCGCGGUUCGUCCGCCUCUACUACUGAUCGCAAGGAUGGUGCAACAUCAAAAAGGAAACGGCUUGGGGUCAACCAGGCGCCUCCAUCUGGUGAGCAGCGUCCACCCUCUCCACCCGGGCCACCUCCCUCAGCUCUCCUUGGAAAUGCCCAGCACGCUGGGUCUGAGACCCAACCCAGCCAGGACAUCAGCCCUGCCAUGGCUGCUGCCUUGCUCCAGCUCAUCUCUCAGCAGAACUCGGAAGCUGGGGACCCUCAGCGCAGCAAGGCCCCGUCUCCUGCUGUAGACGUCUUGGCCCGGGGAAAGCCCCCUCCACCCUGGGUUGCAGACUCCCCGCCGAAACCUACGGCUGCAGCUGAUACCCCAGCGGGACUGGGGACUGCUGCUCCUACCACUGCAGCGCAGUUCCCUAAGGACCAGGACCUCCGCUUUUCUCAUGGAGCUGCCCGCUGACCCUCAUUGCCCCUGGUGAGACAGACCUAGGUAUCUUGAGACGGCUGCAGUAAUCCUGGCAUGAAGGGAAGGCAUAGGAAGAAUGCAGAAGGACACGGGCAGAUUAUGACUCACUGGACCAUGAGCAGGUAGCUAAAGUUGAAUCAAAGAUUAUGAAAAUGAAUGUCUUAAAGAAAGAGAUGAAGGGCCUCCUCAGGUCAAGAUCAUCCCGCCCCCUGAACAAGCUGUUGUGUUGUGCUGGAGGGCGUGUUUGGACCUGGUGUCGAUCUGACCUCUAACAAUCCAUUAAGUGACUGUCACCGCCUGUAAUCCCUUGCUCUUUCCUGUACACUGAAGAACCUGACUUGAAUGAAGUUUAGCUUCCAAAUUGAGUGCCAUGCAGCUGACGCUCAACUUAGAAUGCAGCUGUGAUCAUUUUUUAUUUUAUUUUUAUUUUGCAAAAACAUAUGAUUGUCUUGUCCACUGCAGUGCCCACUUCUAAAAAAAAAACUAUCAGUGUUUUGGAGGAUGAAGGCCCGGUCAUCCACUCUGAUGGGGGGUGUUGGUGACUGUGCGAUGGAAUAUCCGCUGAAGCUGAAUAACCGUGUAUGGCUAUAUUUGAGGCAGAACACUGGAGCAACAUGAGUUUACCAUUGAACCCUUACAUGCUGGCUAGCUCCCUUGUUUUCAGCCUUGUGCCUCCGUUGUGACCCCAGCGACCUCUCAAGGAUCUUGGCCUAUCGGGGGAGUGUGGGUUAAGUUUCUGCUUUAGAUGGUACCUUCAACAAUGAACAUCAGCAGGACUGUACUUUUGUUUACCCAAAUGCUAUUCCAUAUUGUAUUCUGUCUGUUAUCAACUCAGCUAAAUUGCAAUGUGUUUUGGUCCACAUGAAGAUCUUUCUUUCUUUACAUACAGCAAACCUCUGUGUCCUAACAAGUCUAAGCCUGCAGUACAACUUUCCGUUCUCCAAUAUGGAUUUAACCACUACAUAAAAACGAACUGCUCCAUAAUACUCAAGCUAUUCUACUAGUUAAAAUAUAACACUAUUGAAACAUGUAAACACAGACAGAAACUGACUUUUCGGCUUUUCCUGGUGGGCUGUGAAAGCCUCUUCUAAUAUGUUAUUGCCUCUCUGCCAACUUGUGCAACAAAAGCUUUUUCUUUUUAGUUGCAAUUAUUUUCUACAUAAAGAAAAUGUUUCACGCUUAAAAAAAAAAAAGAAAAAAAAAUGGUCCAUGGUUCUGUUUCCUUGUUUUUUGUUUUUUGUUUUUGCUUUGGAAAAGGAAAGAGAGGAGAAAAUGGUUUGGUGUGUCUGUAAAAAGAAAAAACAAUAUUUUGUAAUAUGUGUUUUCUUGGUUCCGUUUAUUAAAAGAAGUAAU